UAUGCUAAUGGUAAUCACAAAACUAUAUCAACAAAAAGUUUCACAUUAAUUGUAGGUAGUUAGGGCAAAAACUCCAUCGUAGACGGCUCAGUUAAGACUCCAUUAAUGGAUGCUUUACAGCUUGUGAAUACACACGUCAAGCUAUUGGCCUUCGAUUUUCUCUCUGUGCAAUCAAUCCCCCAGGAGCCCACCAUUUUUUCUCGCAAGGGGAGACGUCUCUCCCGCGCAGAGACGGUGGGUAUCGUGGUAAGCAGAGAUUUGAAGGCGAAUAGAUUUAUGAAAUUCGACAUUGACGAUGGCACUGGUUGCAUACCUUGUAUCCUAUGGCUCAACCAUGAGAGUUCGCGUUACUUCUCCCGUCGUUGCCCAUCAAAUGUUCGACUCAUUGCCCAAAUGGCAGCCGAUUUUGCUUCUCAAGUCCAGCUUGGGGUUAUUGCUCGAGUUCGCGGGAAGAUGAGUAGCUAUAGAGGUAAUCUUCAGAUUACUGUUUCUGAUGUUGUUAUUGAAAGAGAUCCCAACUCACAGAUUCUUCAUUGGCUAGAUUGCUUAAGGUUGGCACGAAAUUGUUAUGACAAAGUUUUAGUCGAUCCACAUCAAAUUGUGCAAAAUGAUUAAACAUGAAAUUCACUUAUCCAUAGAAUAGUUGCAUUGGUUUAUGCAUAAUGUUUUAUAUUGAAAUUGUCACUACACACACAAUAUCACCUUGGUUAUAAAACUAAAGAAACAAUUCAAAAGUAAAGCAUGUAUUAUAGACGAACUAGAAGAAGAAAAACAAAUUACAUGUUAAUUUCAUGCAUGCUCAUCAAUCUUUAUUCAUAUUAUAUCACAGUGAAAUAACUAGGUAUAUGUACUUUAAAAAUGAGACAAGUAUGGAAAACAUAUUAUAUUUGACACGAUUAAUUAGUUUCAUUUCUAAACUAUUGAAAAUUUUGAAAAACACUCUUUUACUUGAACUUAGAUACAACCCUGUUCUUGUAACAUGAGUGAAAUACACCCUGAAAUUUUCGUCAAGUUUAGAGGAUGUUUUGAACCAUUUUCUCAGCUUUUUAUUAAGACUUUCAUGCUCGUACAAGAAUCUGAGACUAUUUCUAUGUCAUAUAGUAGAUCAGGGGUAUAUCUAAGUUUAGUUAAUCAAGUAAAUAGUGUUUUUAAGAUUGCCAAUAGUUCGAAAACAAAAUUAAUAAUUUGCAUCAAGUUGAAGGGCGUUUAAAAAUUUAGACAUGAUAUAUAGUAGAUAAAAUUGAGUGAUUAUAAGAAGGUGAUGAGAAGGUCUUUAAUCUCCACCGCAACCACCACAACCACCGCCAUCACCACCACCACCACAGCAACAACCUUGUGAAGCGUUAACAGUUGCCUCAGCAGCAGCUCCUAGGUCAAUACUUACCUCAUCACGCUUACGCUCAUCGUCAGUAGUACCAUUGCUGUUUGCAGCAACAGCAACACCAACAGCAACACCAGCAGCGGCUCCUGCUAAAACAACCAUGUUCCCUUCUCUUGUUCUGCUUUGAGAUUGAGCAUUUUUUCGCUGUAAAUUCCUUCUGCGGACUAAACAAGAUAAGAAACAAAAAACAAUACUAAUCAUAAAUACUAUGGCAAUAGCAAUGCUUGCACCCAUAUUCUUACAA